AUGGGUUGGGAUUCUCUUAAUCUCCCAGAUUAUAUUGUGAAGGCAAUCAGUGAUUGUGGCUUAGAACAUCCUACACCUAUACAAACUGCAGCUAUACCUCCUGCACUCCACAGUUUCUCCGAUGUUCUUGGAUCAGCACCAACAGGAAGUGGGAAGACUUUGGCGUUCGGAAUUCCUCUAGUAUCAAGGGUAUUCUCUCUCAAAACUCUUGAAAACCAGACUUGUGAGGAAGAGUCCAAAAUUAAUGGCUUGAUUGAUCGACAAAAAUGCGAAGUGGCAUCUUGCGUCAAACCUUGUGGGAAAAGGAAGAAAAAAAAGAAGGAAACUGACAUUUAUUCAGGUUUAGAUGUCAUAGAAGAGUUAGAUGUAAACACUGGAGAAAUUCGCACAGUCCAUUCCCUUGGCGAUCCUGUUACAGCAGAUCCUGAAACACUUCCAAUCACCAAAUCUCCUGUUUGUUUUGAACCGAAUUCAAAAAGGAAUCGUGUUUAUGGGCUUGUUCUAGUUCCCACCAGGGAAUUAGCUAUUCAAGUUACACAACAUAUUCGUGCUUUAAUGCGAUAUGUCGAUUGUAUUCGUAUUGAAACUAUCGUUGGUGGAAUAUCAGUUGAUAAACAGCUUCGACUUCUUCGACGUUGUCCGGAUAUACUUGUUGCUACUCCUGGAAGAUUAUGGCAUUUUAUUCAACAAGGUGAUCCUCAUGUUCUGACAUUACAUAAUGUUAAUGUAGUUGUAGUUGAUGAAGCUGAUCGAAUGAUUGAAGCGAAUCAUUUUGAUGAUUUACGUUCAAUUUUCAAUUGGUUACAUUCAUCAUCAAAUUUUAAUAAUGAAGGCGAAAAAGAAGAAGAAGAAGAUCAAGAAACUACAACAAAUAUUCAAAGACAUUUGAAGAAAACAUUAAAUUUCAAGAGAAAGCAUAAAUCAGUUGAAAUAUCAGAUAAUUCUACGGAUAUGAUGAAAGUACAACGACAAACAUUAAUUUUUUCAGCUACUCUUACAUUUGUACAUAGUGGUGCAUUAAAACCAGGUACUGGAUCUAAAAAUCACAAACUUUUACCAAACAACAAAAAUACUAUGACUAAGAAAAUAAAACUUGCGGUACUACGUGAAAUGUUCGGUUUGAAAAAAUCUGCUAAAGUAAUCGAUUUAUCAUCAAACCAUUCCACUAAUCAAUCAGCUUCAAAUCCCAGCUUAGUCUGUCAAUCAACUUGCCCUGAUAACCUUUCUGAAUGUCGGUUGUUAUGUCCAGACCAGGCAAGCAAAGAUAUUCGGCUAUUUUGGUUCAUUGCAUUUGGCCGUCAUCUUGGAUCUUCAGAGUAUCCCAAUCGACGGUGCUUAAUUUUUCUAAAUAGUAAAUCUGGCGUACGUCGAUUAGCUGGAGUAUUACGUCAGUUGCUCAGUUCAGAUGCUUUUUUGGUAUCUGGAUAUCCAUCACUACAGUAUGUAAAUGUCUUACAUGCUGAUAUGAUUCAGAAGCAAAGACUACGCGCACUUGAACGGUUCCAAGCGGAUCCAAAUGGAAUUUUACUCGCUAGUGAUGUAGCUGCUCGUGGUUUAGAUUUAGCAUCAAGUGAUAGUAUAGUUGAAAAAAAUGGAGUAUCAUGGGUUAUACAUUUUGACGUACCUCGUACAGCUGAAUUAUAUAUACAUAGAUCAGGGCGUACUGCUAGAGCUAAUCGUCAAGGGACUAGUUUAUUAUUUAUUUCACCAAAUGAAAUUAUGUUUUGGCGUCGAAUCGCUGUCAGUCUUCAAAGAACUAAUCUGGAACUUGAUGAUUUUAUUAUUCAACCAACAACUAUUCAAUUGAAUAUCAGUGAACAAAUUGUUAAAUUAGCUAAACAAAUUGAUAUACAAGAGCAUAGAAAUUCUCGACAACUAGCAAAUGAUAAUUGGUUUACUAAAGCAGCAAAAGAUGCCAACAUUCUAUUAGAUGAUGAUGAUAAUAAUAAAGUAGGCGAUGAUGAGGAUAAUAGUGGAAAAAGGAACUCAUCUAAGAAAAAACUUGACAGUACAAAAAUACUGAAGUCACAGUUACGUCAGCUAAUCAAUGUUUCACAUGGAAAAUUACUGAAAUUAACUAACGGACAAAUGAAAUGUUAUCAACGACCUAUACAAACACUUUCAAAGAUCAAGUUACUUAAAGAGUUUGGUGCAAUAUAA